AUGAGACCUCUAACGGCUGAAGAAACCAAAACAUUUUUUGAAAAAUUAGCAAAAUAUAUUUCUCCUGAGAAUAUCAAACUUUUAUUGGAUCGACCUGAUGCAAGCUAUUGCUUCAGAUUGCAUAAGGAUCGUGUAUUUUAUGCCAGUGAAAAAAUUAUGCUCACAGCAAAUAAUUUUGCAAGAAAGGAAUUAGUAAGUUUUGGUACGUGCUUUGGUAAAUUUACAAAGACUGGCAAAUUUAGGUUAUAUAUGACAGCCUUAGAUUAUUUAGCUCCUUAUGCACAAUUUAAAGUUUGGGUUAAGCCCAAUGGCGAGCAAUCCUUUCUUUAUGGAAACCAUGUUUUAAAGUCUCAUCUAGGACGAAUCACUGAUAGUACCUCCAAAUAUCAAGGAGUGAUUGUUAUGUCCAUGAGUGAUGUUCCUUUAGGUUUUGGUGUAUCAGCUAAAUCGACGCAGGAGUGCAGACGAGCUGAUCCGUCAUCCAUCGUGACAUUCCAUCAAGCAGACGUCGGCGAAUAUCUUAGAACCGAAGAAACAUUAUUAUAA